AUGCUCGCUGCGCAACGUACCUAUAUUGUGGCCAUUGCCACUUUCGUAAUAGUGGCAACACUCUCUUUCUAUGCAUUCCGCGACCAAGGCGUAUUCGUCGUGGCGAGGAUCACGCGUCCAUCAUCGAACCCAACCCUCCGAGACACGGUUGCCAGUUUGUUUGCGUCCAUAAAACACGAUCCGAGCGCGACCGAAUAUGUCGAUCCGUCCGGUACAUACUAUGAGGGUGGAAGUGAGACGAUUUGGACGAAGCCUCUGGGCAAAAAGGUCUUGAUAGUGGACAUCGACACGCGUGUGCCGACUGGCGAGAACGAGCUUCUCAACCCAGAACGCUUAGAUUGGGACAACCUCAAGACCGAAGGCGCCGGCCUGGUCUCCAACUCCAUCAUGAACCAUUAUCUGUACGCCAUGGUCCAUGGCUACGACUACAAGUUCUAUCAAGCGCGCGACAUGAAGGACCACUACAACACGUGGAUAUUACCCCACGUUCUGCGCGAACUGAUACCUGAAUAUCAGUUCGUGAUUGUAAUGGAUGCCGACGUUACGAUAGCGCAUCCGGACGUCCCCUUCGAGUGGAUGUUCAAUCGCUGGGGCAUCAAACAGCACACAUCCAUAGCUCUUCCAUGGGAUACCGAAGAAAUCCGCGAUGAAGGCUCGAUUAGCCUAGACAGCAAGGGCAUGCGCGUCCUCAAUACCGGCCUUGUGGUUGCGCAGAACUCGUCCACGACUUUGGAACUACUGGAUGCGUGGCGCGAUUGUACAUCCGAAACACGCUACAAAGGCUGCGCGAAAUGGAGAUACGAAUGGAGCCACGAACAGCGCGCCUUUUCAGAAUACAUCCGCUACGACUUCAACAAGACGCCAGAAACGAUCGUUACGAUACCCUGCGACGAUGCGGUAGGGUGGCCCGGUUUCCGCCAGGAUAUGUUAUCUCGUCCUGGUACCGCCAACAAGGAUAUAUCGGAUUGCAACGGGAACUUCGUUAGGCACUACACAACCAUGGGAAAGACUCGUGUCAAAGAUGCGAGCGCGUCUAGUGUGAUGCAGAUGUUCAGCGACGCGCUGCAAAAGAGUAUCUUGGCAAACCCAAGUGAAGUCUGGUACAAGGAACCGGAAAAGAAGACCGAAAUGCCAAAAGAGCAGCCGGAUGAGGUACGGGAAGAUGAUCAGAGUAAACCAGACGCUGAUGUGGUUCUGAUCGAAAGAUAA